AUGGACGCCUUCCAGGGCCAGCUGUUCGCCCUCCACUGUGCCACCUGCGCCUUCAUUGUCUACACGCUGCUCUCCAUGGACCAGCCGUGGCUGUGCCUGCUGGUGGUGCUGGCCGAAAGCGUGCUCUUCGCCCUGCCCAAGGCGAGCGUCCUCCAGACCGAGCUGCAGCAGGCGAGUGUAACGGUGCUGUUGGUCCUGGCGGUGGCCGCGCGGGCAUGGAAGGAACCGCACAGGCGAAGGGCGCGGCGGAGGGCAGCCGGCGCGACACCGCAGGGGACAACGGACAGCGCGUCCCCCGCGAGCAGGAAGAAUGCGGACGCGAGGGCCAGCCUGCCGGUGGCCGAAGCGGGGAAUUGGGUUCAGAUGCCCAAGGCGCUGAUGGGCCAAGUCCUGAAGCACCUCACGCCGUUGGACUUGAGGUCUGCAAGACUGGUGUGCUGGCACUGGUCUGUGUCAUUGGCGCACGCCAUCUCUCGACUGCAGCCAUCAAAGUUCUUGCCGUCCAUCAUUGUGAAGGAUUUUCCUUUCCUGCAUGAGCUGGACUUGCAUAACUGCACAGAGGAUGUAGAUGCUCAAGGACUGAGGUACAUUCAGGAGCUGCAGAACCUCGAGGUGUUGGACAUGGGCCAAGACCCUAUGUUCUUGGCAUCGACAAUCAAUGACAGCUGCAUCGCAGGGCUCCUGGGGUUGAGCUUGCUGCACACAUUGAAUCUCACACAGUGUGUCCACAUCACAGAUGAAGGGGUGGGCAUCCUCGUGCAGCUCUCCAGCCUGACCUCGCUGAGCAUCAGCGGCUGCGCGGCCGUCACGGACGCCGGCAUGGCCCAGCUCUCCCGCCUGCGGGGCCUUCGGCGGCUGGAGGUCCCCUGGUGCCUCAAGAUCAGCGACGCGGGCAUCCUCUCCCUCUCCCACCUCACCGCCCUCGAGGCACUCAACAUCAGCGGCUGCCAGCUGGUGUCCGAGGCCGGGGUCUGCAGCCUGUCCGCCUUCACGGGCCUCAAGUCGCUGAACCUCGUCUACACCGGCGUGUCCAUGGCAUCGGUGUCGGACCGGGCCCUGGGGCGGUUGUGCGGGUUAACGGGCCUCCUGCAGCUCAGCCUGGGGUGCAUGCAGCUGCGGGGCACGCGCGUCAGCGACGAGGGGCUCAAGACGAUCGCCAAGAACCACAGGGGCCUCACCCACCUCACGCUCAUGUGGCUGAACGUGGGCAACGAGGGCGUGAUGGCGCUGACGAGCCUUUCCCGCCUAAGGGUGCUGGUCUUGCGUGGCUGCCCCAGGGUGACCGCGGACGGCGUGGCGCACCUGGGCGGUCUGCCGCAGCUGCGCGACGUUAACCUGCUGAGCAACCCGUGGCUGGACGUGACGGACGGCGUGUUGUGCGACUUCGCUCCCCUCUCGGGCCUCAGGUCACUGGGCCUGGGGGACAUGCACCAGGCCAACGUGCUGUCCGACUUCGGCAUGGAGCUGCUGGCGGGCUUCGGGGGCCUCACCAGCCUGAGCCUGGCCUACACGAUGUGGGAGUUUGCGGGUGACGGCUUGGCGCCGCUGCUCGGGCUCACGGCGCUGCGGUCGUUGGACAUGCAGGGCUGCGGGAGCCUAAACGACGCCACUCUGCGCGUGGUGGGCAGGCUGUCAUCCCUCACAUCCCUCCAGCUCAGCCACUGCAAGAAAGUGACCAGCCGGGGUGCGGCCCACCUGACCGCGCUCACCGACGUCGUCAUCCUCGCCCUCGGCGGCUGCCACAGGAUCGACGACGCCGGCUUGGAGGCGAUCUCGUCCCUGACGCACAUCCGCACGCUGGUGCUGUCCGAGCUCUUGGAGAUCACGGACGCAGGGCUGGAGAGGCUAGAGGGGAUGGUCGAGCUGCAGACGCUGGACCUGUCGGGAUGCGAGGGGCUGAGGGGCACCGGGUUCUGCGCCUUGGGGCGCGUGCCGCUGACGAGCGUGAGCCUGGGGGGGUGCGUCGGGCUGGCGGAUGAAGGCGUGGCGGCAUUCUGCCGGGCCGAGGCGUCCACGGGUCUCACCAAGCUGGACUUGUGCGGAUGCAACCUGCUGACGGGCGACGGCGCGGCGGCACUGGACGUGCUAACCCGCUUGACGGGUUUGGACCUCUCGAACUGUGUGUGGAUGGGGGAUGCUCCCCUGGCUGUCCUGUGCAACCUCCCUCGCCUCGCGACCUUCAAGCUGAGUGGCUGCAGCAGAGUGACGGACUCGGGCAUCGAAAUGCUGACCAGGCUGGAGGGACUGCUCACCAUGCACCUGGAUCGGUGCCCAAGGAUCACGGACGUGGGGCUUUCAAACUUGGGCAAAUGCACCUCGCUGACAAGUCUGUGCCUCCAAAGGUGCAUAAACAUCACAGACUAUGGUAUCUCGCACUUAACAGGGCUCACCCGCUUGUGCAUUUUAAACUUGGCUCUGUGCCCAAAGGUCACAGCUGUGGGUCUCGCGUUGCUCAGAGAUCUGGGCGCCGUGGCAUGUUUAGAGUAUUAG